AUGUUCCACUGUGUGAAAAUACUCAAAACUAUUUUCUCUGUUUCAGCCUCAGAGCUUCAAAAGGAGAAGCAAAAUGCAGCCUCCGAGCUUCAAAAGGUGAAGCAAAAUGCAGCCUCAGAGCUUCAAAAGGAGAAGCAAAAUGCAGCCUCCGAGCUUCAAAAGGAGAAGCAAAAUGCAGGCAGCCUCUCACGUUACUGCCUGAGGGACAGGGAGAAAACCACCGGAAAAGCCUCAGAGCUUCAAAAGGAGAAGGAAUUUGCAGAGCUGCAGAGACAGAGAGUGGAAGAUGAGUUUAUAAAGAAAUCAUUGUGUGCAGUGGAUGUGACUCUGGAUCCUGAUACAGCUCAUCCCAGACUCAUCCUGUCUGCUGAUGGAAAACAAUUGACACAUGGAGACGAGGAGCAGAAACUCACUGAUACACCACAGAGGUUUACUGAGUAUGGCUGUGUUGUGGGAAAGCAGAGUUUCUCAGGGAGAUUUUAUUAUGAGGUGCAGGUCAGAGGGAAAACACGGUGGGUAUUAGGAGUUGUGAGAGAGAACAUUAACAGGAAGGAGGACAUUACACUGAAACCUCAGUAUGGAUUCUGGACUGUGGGACUGUGUGAUGAAAAUCAGUACUGGGCUUAUGCUGGUCCCCGUGUCCCCCUCACACUGAGAGAGAAGGUGGAGACGGUGGGGGUGUUUGUGGAUUAUGACGAGGGUCUGGUCUCCUUUUAUGAUGUGAAGUCCAGAUCUCAUAUCUACUCUUUCACUGCUCAGUCUUUCACUCAGAAACUCUAUCCAUACUUCGAUACUUGGGAAACUUAUGGAGGUAAAAUCGCAGCCCCACUGAUCAUCUCUCCUGUAUUUAAAUCUGAAUGAAUUUUCACCUCACAGAUUUAAUCAUCUAUUAAAUGGUGAGAAUCAAAAGAAAUAUUUUACUUUUUCUGGUGAAUGUUAGAAAGACAUUUUCCCUUUUAAAGUGCUGUACAGUUUAUUUUAAUGCCUGGGGUUUGUUUUCUCAUCAAUAAAUCAUUUGAAUCCUCCAGUCUGUUUUUUACACAUUAUGAUUGUGGAAGUUUGUCGUUCCGAAUCAAAUCUGAAUAAAGCUGAUUUACAGUUCACACUGUGAUUUACUGCAGAAUUGAAUCUGAUCAAUAAAAUGGAUGAAGUUCAGCUGCUGAUGUCUGUGUAGAUAAAACCCAACACCACUGUGUUUCUCCUUCACACU